UUGCCGCGGGACGUUGCCGCGGGACGUUGCCGCGGGACGUUGCCGCGGGACGUUGCCGCGGUUCGUUGCCGCGGUUCGUUGCCACCGCGAAUAUCAGGCCAGCUGUCUAUGCUUUUAUUAUAAAACAGGCCCGUUGGCGAAUGGUGCACGCGACUGAGCCACGCGUAAAUCGGAAUUCCAAAUUACAAGAGGGAAAGCAUUGGAACGAUGUCACCAGAAAAUUACUAUCGAAUAAUUUCAGUUUUUAUACUGCAUAAUUUGUUUCUCCAGCUAUUCGCCAGAGAUCAUGUCAGUUUUAGAAGAGAAAGGAAAUUUAGUAUCGUUUUUCGCGAUCAAAGAGAAUUUUAUAUAAUAGUCUAAUGAAUUAUUAAAUACAAUAAGCUGUACGCAAGGCAAAUCGUAGCCAGCAGUAAAAGUAAAAAACAAAUAAAAUUUCAAACGAAGGAAAAUUUAUUUCUGCAGCUUUUUUGUCCCUUAAAAUGUCGAUUGUGACCAACGAAAUGCAAAGUAUCGAGUAGAUACCACUAGUCAUCGUGACAGAGUAAAUCGUUGAAAAGGCUCACGUUCGCGUCGCUUUCGCCGUCAAGGGACACGUGCCAUGAGCCAUUUUACUUCCCUGCAGCGAACGUAAACGAGGAAGAAUCGUGCACGGUUCCAGCAGUUGCAGCAUAAGUUCUUGGAACAAAUAAUCGGCAAACUCGUCGCGUAAACGUACGCACGAGAAUAGUAGCUCGGUGGCCGAAGACGGCAGGCUUGAUGUUGAACUGUGAUGACCGCGAAUCGCUGGCGGAAAGUACUCGAAAGCGUCGUGAUUCUGUCGUGUGUUGGCGUGCCGGUGCACAAACCGGACUGAUAGCAGUAAUCGAAGAAAGACGAUCGAGAAGAAGAAACAGUUUCGCUAGACAGUUGUCCAUUGUCUUGAGUUUUUAUCUCGUGAGCUGCCUCGUCGCAAACAGCACGCACUUUCCAGCCGAAUCAUUAACCCACAGAGAGGUAUGAAGCGCAAGCUGGAAGAUAGUUAACGAUCGUGCAAUGAUGUCGAGCGUUGAUUCACAGCGCAGGAUCGUUUGUUUCCUGUAGAAGUAGAACAAUGGAUCACGAGGAUCGAACUCAAGUUCGUUGACGUGGUCGACCGAUCGAAAGAAUCCGGUAAAUGGACCAACAACAGCCUGGCGGUCAACGCUAAUAGAGAAGAGUGGACGAUAACCGAUAUGUAACAGAGCGACGCUCCUGCAGAACCAGUCGAACGACUCGGUGGUAUCGGAACCCCGCAGCCAGGUUCCAACAAGGUGUGAAGCACGUAUCGUUCACGUACACGUAUAUAUCGAAAGUCAAUCCGGGAGUUCGUUAGCGCGAAGUAAAGCGACUAGCUGGGCGGGGAAUACCAACAGGAAGAGGUGAGCACACCCGGAGAGUGAGCGGUCUAUGACGUUACCGGUGACUGUCUACGUCACGUUAACGGUAACGGUAAUCCUCGUACACAACACGCACGCGACCUAGUCGCAACGCAGCAGCGCGGAAUAAAGCAAGUGGAGAGUGGCUAGCGAGCGAGCGCCUCGAGCAAUUUAAAAGUGAAACUGUGACGAUCCACCGGCACUCCAGCGCGGCGUUUCUCCUUUCUCCUAUUUGCUCCGUCCCUAUUUCUCACUGUCUGCUUCAUCUUCCGUUCCUUUCUCAUCUUCCGUUCUUUGACCAACGCGCGACUAUCUUUCUUUUCUCCGCUUCUCUCUCUCUCUCUCUCUCUCUCUCUCUCUCUCACUUGUAUUCCUCGUCGUUUCGCCGCCCGUUUCUGUGUUCCUCUUCUCUUCGUGUCUCGGCCCCCUUCCCGUCCGCCCCUGGUCGUCUUAUGAUUGUGAUACGGAAGGGAACGCGCGGCGCGCAGUGAAAGUGAUCGACAUUACGAUUUUCCUGGCUAGCGAACCCCCUGGGCUUGGCUUACUCGACGACAGGUCCGAUACUACAAGGCAGAUAAUCCGUGACGGAGAAUGACACGCAGGUGCGACGAGUUGGGGAGUAGCUGAAGGCGGCCGCGAUCGCGACCGGCCCGGUGUCGUCCACGCUCCUACUUCCGGAACACCGCACAGUUGGGGAAAAGAGGCUACGCUAACACCUGCCGCUCACGUUGAUGGCCGAUCAUCGACGAGCCAAAAAUGAAUUAUGACCCUUACGAGCAGCCCGUGUGAGCUAGACAACAUGAGCUUGUUUCAAGACCUCAAGUUGAAAAGGAGGAAGGUCGACUCCCGAUGUAGUAGCGACGACUCCCCGGUAUCCCUUGGAUCAGCAGGCUCGCCGCUCGGGAUCCAGCCGGCGGACGCUCCUUCACCCAUAAACUUUCCUGCUCCAGGGGAGAGCAUGGCAGACACCUCGACCCUGUCGCCGGAGGCUAACAUGCCGAGCUCGCCGGGCUGCCCCGUGGUCAAAGUCAAAAGCGAGUAUCUGCUAGGCAUCCCGAGUCCGGGGACACCGCGAGAUCCUCUUCGUGGAAGCGGGGCGGCAACUGGCUUGGAAGCUCGUGAUACAACCUGUUCGGACCGUGCGUCACCCGAUUCAGUCUUCCCUGAUGCCACUUCGAUGGUGGGCUACAGAGUCGUCGAGGAACAGCAGCAACAGCAGCAGCAGCACUAUCACCAGCAACAGCAGCAACAACAGCAACAACAACAGCAACAGCAUCAACAACAACGUUCCGGUACACCCGUACCAACCAGGUUGUCGCCUUAUUCGCCGAUGCAAGCGGUCUCCACGACUCCCAUGCCUCAAGAAGCGACUUCAAGGAGCGACAGUCCCGACAAGGGUGACUUAUCGUCGGCGCAGACCAAGGAGGAGUCCGAUAACUCGGUUUUUGACGGAGGAGGUGGCGGUGGUAGCGGCGGUGGUGGUCGUUCGGAGACUUCCAGUCAACCUAGUCACCGGAGCAGCCCGUCUUCUCAAUACAGCCCUAGCCAGAGUAUGAGUCCUAGCGCGAGCGCGACACACGCUACUCAACAACAGCAACCGCAAACACAGCCAACACCGCUGAGACCCCGAGUGCCCUCGGUGCCACCUCACCUUCUAGCUCACCAUCAAUUUUGGUCACAAAACAACGGUAUACAGGGGUUCGCUACGCAAAGGCUAUUGAACGGGGUCAUCAGCAGCGCUGUUAACUAUGGACAGAACGCUGCAGUUGCAUCCACUAGUAGCAGUACAAAUUUGAGCAGCAGUACUGGGAGUAGCGGGAAUGGGGCAACUUCCACGAGCACGGGGGCAACUAGUACAGCUUCCUCGUGCGAAACGAUGAAACCACCGGCACAAAGGCCCACGCCAGCGCCCCCAAGACCACCUCCCACUGUGAUCAUGGGUGAAAUCGGUGGCGUUCGGACGAUGAUAUGGUCCGCGCCACCAUUGGACCCCGUACCACCGCCAGCGGCUUCGUGGACGGCAACGGCCGCGGCGGCAUCCUGUUCCUCCUCGGAAGAGUCGGCUGCCCAGCUACUUUUAAAUCUCGGACAGGAGUCCAGGGGCAAACCAUCCUCCGUUUCCUAUUCUUCCGGUCCACCACUCAAUAUGGAGAGGUUAUGGGCUGGCGAUAUGACACAAUUACCGGCCGCGCAACAGAUGCAAGCGCUCAACUUGACGGCUUCCGGGUCCGGUCAAACGUGGGAGAGAAACGGAGGAGUCGUCAAGUCCGAGACGGCAUCGCAGUCGAUAUCAGUCGCUCCACCUGCACCACCGAUGCCACCUCAAGAACACGAGGAAGACGAAACACCUAUGAUAUGUAUGAUUUGCGAGGACAAGGCUACUGGUUUGCACUACGGCAUCAUCACGUGUGAAGGGUGUAAGGGUUUCUUCAAAAGAACUGUACAAAAUAGGCGAGUGUACACGUGCGUGGCAGAAGGUGGUUGCGAAAUUACGAAGGCCCAAAGAAACAGGUGUCAGUACUGUCGUUUCAAAAAGUGCAUUGAACAGGGUAUGGUCCUUCAGGCCGUUCGAGAAGAUCGAAUGCCUGGAGGAAGAAAUUCUGGUGCUGUAUAUAACCUUUACAAGGUGAAGUACAAAAAGCACAAGAAAAGUAACAAAACAAGUGGAGUGGGCGGAAGCAUGGGUGGCAUAAGUAGCGGCGGUAAUGUUGGCGGUGUUAACGGGUCGGGAUCCCUUGGUGGUAGCAAAAGCACCAUGGGUUCGACGAUGCUUGACAAACACAUGGCUGUAGCCGCAGUCGCUCACCACAGCCAACAGCAACAUGUCCAGCUAGCUGGUGGUUUUCUUCAUCAUCACAAGAUUUCGUCGGGCGACCCGCUCAACUCGCAAUCUACCACCAGUCACUCAAGUCACCCCGCGCAUUCGGGACACCUUGUUAAUGGGACGAUCCUGAAGACAGCGCUCACCAACCCCUCCGAAGUGGUACACUUAAGGCAGAGGUUAGACAACACAGUAAGCAGUUCGAGGGAUCGGUCUUUUCCUUUCGAUGCAACCGUUGCUAUGAUCCAGUCUCUAAUAGAUUGCGACGAGUUCCAAGACAUUGCCACGUUAAGGAACUUGGACGAGCUACUGGACCAUAAAUCAAACUUAAGCGACAAGCUGUGUCAGAUAGGGGACAGCAUAGUGUACAAGUUGGUACAGUGGACCAAAAGGUUACCGUUUUACCUUGAGCUACCGGUCGAAGUUCACACGACGUUGCUCACCCACAAGUGGCAUGAGAUCCUGGUGCUGACCACUUCCGCUUAUCAAGCGAUACAUGGUCAGCACAAGUUCUCCAACGUCGGAAGCGACGUGAUGGGAGCGGAUUUUAUGCAAGAAGUUUCAAACAACAUGUAUACGUUGCAAACGUGCCUAACGAACAUGAUGGGCCGACCGAUAACCAUGGACCAAUUACAGCAAGACGUAGGGCUCAUGGUGGAAAAAAUUACAUACGUCACAUUAAUGUUCAGGAGGGUGAGAUUACGAAUGGAAGAAUACGUCUGCCUGAAAGUAAUCACCAUGCUCUCGCAAGCAAAAUCACGUGGAGGUACUAUGGAAUUAGAACAUCUACAAGAACGGUACAUGAGCUGUCUACGGAGUUUUGUCGAACACAGCGCGCCUCAACAGCCGAAUCGAUUUCAUGAUCUUCUCGUCAGAUUGCCCGAAGUACAAUCAGCGGCAGCUCUUCUACUUGAGAGUAAAAUGUUCUACGUUCCUUUCCUAUUGAACUCAACAAUUCAAAGAUAGUAAAUAAAAAACAAACUGACGAUAAACGAAGCUGAAUACCUAUAUACAUACUAUACAUAUAAAUAUAUACAUAUAUAUACACGCGAAAGAUUAUAUUGUAUGUAUAUAUGUAUAUAUAUGAAAAUAGAAUCGAACAAACAAACAAAAGCAAACGGGAGAGACUUAUAGGAAAAGGGAAAAGGGAAAGGCUUUGUUUGCGUGUGUAUAAUAAUUAUAUAAAAAAAAGUAUAUAUAUAAAUAAUAUAAAUAAUAUAAAUCUGUGUGUUCGUUGCGUUGUACAAAACGAAGAAAGUCGAGAAGAGAACGAGGAACCUGCGAAAAGCGUGAUAAAACAGACAAAAGCGUUAGAAGGAAAAAAACAAGAAAGAACAAAAACUACAGAAAAACGAGAAGAUUUGAAAAAAAAGAGACGCAAAGGAUACGGAGGAGGAGAGAGAGAGAGAGAGAGUGUGUUUUAGAUAAGAAAUAAAAAAAGCAAAUUAAUGAAAGAAUAAAAUGAGUUCGAAAGAGAGCGAAAGAGCGGGAGAGAAAGAGAGGGAGAGUGAGGAAGCGCGCCACCUCGAGAUGGGAAAUCAAUCGAGGAGGGAACUGAACUUUUUUAUCGAAACUGAAAGACUAUAAUAAUAUAUUUCUGUACGCAGUACCGCGCAACUACGUCAUUGUGUGUUCACGUUGCAUAAUCCGAUCGAUAAUAAAACUCUCGUUACGUACGCUCACUGUAGGCCACCUACUACCACCUACUACUAUUGCUGCUACUACUACUGCUACUGUUACUAUUACUCUCCACCACUAUCAAACUAAAUAGCAGACUACCAUUAAAACGACCGAAAGAUCAAUCGACCGAUGUUGAUGAUAAUGGUGAUCAUAAUAAUAACGAUGAUGAUGAUGACGAUGAUAAUGGUGAUGAUGAUAAUCGACGACAAGUCACCAGCAACAGCACAAACGCAAAACAAUCGAUCAGUGAACGAAUCGAUCGCCGCGUAUCUAUGUAUCUUUACACGCGAGCAUAAUAAUUACAAUAUCACAGUCAAACGAGUACGCAUUCUCGAUAACAAAAUAACUCUAAACGCCUAUAAAUACUUAAAUACUCUCGUCUAUGUAUCCAUGUGAUCCUACCCUUAAACUAAACGACGUUGCAGACGUAAGUGUGAUAUUUCAAUUAUCAUUCUAAUCAAGAGAAGAUACAGGGAACACGGCCGUCGUCAUUACUAGAACAAGGACUGGCUGAAUGGAUGUUUGUAAAAACGAUGACGAUUUUUUCGUAACUGUUGAAUCGAAAAACAGAAAAACUGAUGUCAUUUGCAUAAAGUGAUGCAGAGACAAAUUUGACGUCUACUCAAUGGUACCCUUCAAUUAUACGAAGGAAAAUAUUCCCGACGUUGAACACAUUUGGAUGGAAAUCUGGCUAGACUCUAGACUACAGACUUAUUGACUCGUAAAUCGUCCUCGUUGUUAUUGUCGUUCUUGUCGUCAUUCACCGCUCCGAAUCAUGGUCCAAGCGCGCAACACAGAAGACUAUAUUAUAUAUACAUAUAUACAUAUAUAUAUAUUCACAGUUUUGUUAAUUUACAUUUUAUCGUCAUCGACGUAAAUCUUUACGCGUGUAAUAUCGUGCAUCAUUCACCGGUCGAUUUUUGACUCGUCCUUCGAACGAUCCGAUCCUCCACUUUUCUCGGAUCACGAGAUCACGCGAUUCUAGAGCUUACGAAAAGAGGGAAGUGUCGCGUAGACGAAAUUCUUCUCACAAACGAGACGCUUCCGCGAGAUUCUCGACGACUUUUAAAUAAAGUUCGAUUCGAUGACUUGCAAAUAUUUUGCAAAAUUUUUGUAACGGAUGUUCUUCGAACUGAUACUGAUUUUCGAUACGUAAGACAAACUUUUUAAACGUUUUUUAUAUAGUUCUAAUGAAUUCGUAGCCUGCCGUAUAUCGAAGUGAUAUUUUUUCUAUUGAAAAUCCUUGCAAGGAUCUGAUCGUUCGAACCUGUGCGCGUGAGCGCGCGCGCUUCGUUUCUUGUUACCAAGCGUUCCCCAUUGAUUCGUGACAAAAGAUUGUUUUUUAUAAUUCCUCGUUAAAAUGACUGCGAUAAUUUCAUAGUAUUAUAUACAAGAAAGAAAAAGGAGAAAAAGAGAAGGUAAAAUGCAUAAACGAAUGGAAAAUGUGACUAGCAAAGGACUUGGUAUUUCUUUAUUACGAGGAAGCUUAUAUUCGUAGCAAACAAAAAAAGGUAAUAGAGUAAUAAAAGUUCGAGUAUACCUUUUUCUUCUCGCGUGAGCUUUUAUCGGAUUUAUGGAAAAUUGUUCCCCACUUUGGCAAAUGUAGAUAUACAUAUGCAUAUACAUAUGUAUAAUACAUAUUUAUGUGUCGCGGACACGUGUGAUAUUCGGUUUCCUUGUGACUCAGAAAUACCUGGUUCUUCAGAUUGGCUCAAUUAUUUAAGAUAGCAAAACCAGUUGUAGAAAAUGGAAAUAACGAUAGGAAACAAACCGGUGGCUGACGCCAGUCGAAACGUCUUGUUCGUGUCUUGGAAAAGAAAAAGAAAAAAUGAUGAAUAAUGCUCCUUGUAUACGCAUGUAAUGAUUAAUUAGCGCAUGUUCUAUCACAACGUGAUUGUUUCAUCUUGCCUCCAUAGAAGUUAUUGUAAACACGCGCUAAUUACCGCUACGCACACGAUCACGAGUACGAUGAAAUCGAAUUCCCCUUUCUUUGAUCCCGAAGGUCCGUUGUCGUGUCUUUGGAUGCCUUCGGUCGUGUUGCAUUUAUCUUCAUUCCCUGAUCCUUAAUUUUCUCUUCCUCUUAUUUUCCUACACUACAAAUUACAAAGCGAAUAUUCUGCUCAAAGCAAAUUCCACCGAAGCUUUCGCGGUGAACUUUCUCUACUUUCGUCAACCUUGAUGCCUUUUCCACAUCUUGAGACAAUUUCGCCGGACUCGUGAUCGCGAGCGCAUGUACGAAAAAAAAAAAAUCAACACGAGAACUAUACACACAGACCUUGGGCCUACUAGCCUAGGGAUACUUGUCCAUACUAUAAGACUUAACUAAUGAUGGGAUACUUCAUACGGUAAACAAUGUAUAUUAUUUGCGGUUAAGGAACUGGGGGUAACGGUUCCUGUAUUCCCCGGACAUCAUCGUACACUUGUUCUGUGUUCAAUUGGACGGUCGAUAAGGUCGCAACCGCGAGUAAUAGAAAGAAAAAAAACAAGCAAGAUAGAAGAACGAAGAGAAAAAGAAAACAAGCUCGCUAAAUUACGUUAAGAGAAUAUUUGACAUGAUAUUGGCUAACGCGUAUUUCUUUUUUCUUUUACUUUUUCUUCGAAAACAUAAAUCGCUCGUAAUUUCCUCACGUUUACGCGCGAAAAUUUACUUUGAAGUUACCGUUUAGUAUAGUGCAAUACGAAGAAAGGAAGCAAUCGUGUUAGCAUUUAGACCGAUACAUUUGUUCCUUUUGCUCUCUUUCUUUUGUCUCCUACCUUCGUAGACAUUUUUUACGCUCCUCGUUCCUUCCUCUUCCCUGCCCGUUCCCUCGAGUUGAUCCACCAAACCACGACUGUUCACCCUUAUGUUCCUAUAACCCUGCCCAUCAACCAAUUCUGUUUCCUUUUUUUAUUCCCGUUAGCUAGUAAAGAUAAUGUACUUCCCGCGGAGAACUCUUUUCUUGUCGCCUCCUAUUUAUUGUUAGCAUGUACAUACAGCAUCGAAACAGAUGUUAAAGAACGGCGAGGAAAAAAGAACGCCGCGUUAAGAGAAAAAAGCACCGAGUUGGACUGUCUAUUAUAUUACAUUAUAUAUAAGUAUAUAAA